AUGACAGACCCAAGCAGCAGAAAGGAUGCAUUUAAAAAAUGCCAAAGUGCUACAUUCAGUAUUGAUGGCUAUAACUUUGCAAUUGGGUCUAAAUCACAAAACUGCUUGUGGAACACCAUUAUUGGUGGGCUGACCAGCAACCUCAAGGAAAGGCCAAAGCUGACCAUUAUCAAUGACCCGAGACCUCCUGAAGAAAUUUUAGCAGAUGAACUACUACCAGUGGACAAUCCUGAGGCAUUGGUGAAAACAUCUUUCAGGAGAAAAUAUAAGAAAACAUCACAGAGAUUACGGUCUUUGGUAAAGCAGUUGGAGAGAGGGGAAGCUUCAGUUGUAGAUCUAAAGAAGAAUUUGGAAUAUGCAGCGACUGUUCUUGAGUCAGUAUACAUUGAUGAAACUAGGCGUUUACUGGACACAGAAGAUGAACUCAGUGAUAUCCAGUCUGACUCUGUGCCCUCAGAGGUCCGUGACUGGUUGGCUUCUACCUUCACACGGCAAAUGGGGAUGAUGCUUAAAAGGACUGAGGAAAAACCCCGGUUCAGGAGUAUCGUCCAUGCAGUGCAAGCUGGGAUAUUUGUGGAAAGAAUGUACAGGCGUACUUCAAAUAUGGUCGGCUUGAGCUACCCACCAGCUGUAAUUGGAGUGCUAAAGAAUGUAGACAAAUGGUCCUUUGAUGUAUUUGCGCUAAAUGAUGCCAGUGGGGAUCAUGCACUGAAAUUCAUUUUCUAUGAACUUCUCACACGCUAUGAUCUGAUCAAUCGUUUCAAGAUUCCCAUAUCUGCCUUGGUGUCUUUUGUGGAAGCUCUGGAGGCUGGCUACAGUAAGCACAAAAAUCCUUAUCACAACCUAAUGCAUGCUGCAGAUGUCUCACAGACAGUCCAUUACCUCCUUUUCAAGACAGGCACUGUGCACUGGCUGACAGAGCUGGAGAUCUUCGCUAUGAUUUUUGCAGCUGCCAUACAUGAUUAUGAACACACUGGAACCACCAACAAUUUUCACAUCCAGACAAGGUCAGACUCAGCCAUUCUAUAUAAUGACCGGUCUGUGCUUGAAAAUCACCAUGUUAGCGCGGCGUAUCGUCUUUUGCAAGAUGAUGAAGAGAUGAAUAUUUUAUCUAAUCUCUCAAAGGAUGAUUGGAGGGAAUUUAGAGCUCUAGUCAUUGAGAUGGUGUUGGCUACCGAUAUGUCCUGUCACUUCCAGCAAAUCAAAGCUAUGAAGAAUGCGUUGCAGCAACCAGAAGGAAUUGACAAGCCGAAAGCCUUAUCACUGUUAUUACAUACAGCAGAUAUCAGUCAUCCAGCCAAGGCCUGGGAUCUCCAUCAUCGCUGGACCAUGUCUCUGCUAGAGGAGUUCUUCAGACAGGGUGACAAGGAAGCAGAACUAGGGCUGCCCUUCUCUCCUCUAUGUGAUCGGACAUCUACUAUGGUUGCUCAGUCUCAAAUAGGUUUCAUUGAUUUCAUUGUGGAACCCACCUUUACUGUGCUGACCGACAUGGCAGAGAAAAUUGUGACUCCGCUAAUUGAUGAAGCUUCCCUCUCCGGCAUGUCUGGAUUUAGGCGUUCCAGUUUGAAUAGCAUUAGUCACUCUGAAGUAAAAAGAUCAAGUGUCAAGAGCACUGGGUCCGAAGGAAGUGCCUCACUCAACUGUUCCGUACUCACUGUGGACUUCAAAUGUUUUAAAGCCACCUGGACUGAGGUGGUGCAGCAGAACAGGGAGAAAUGGAAAGCACAAGCCACCAAAGAAGAAAAGGCUAAGAGAGAAGCAGAGGAAAAAGCUUAUCAGGGAACAGAUGAAAAGGAAAGAGAUGAACAUGAUGGGAAGCCAGGUGAAGAUGUCACAGAAGCAAAGACAGAAAAGAGCAAAGAAGCAAAUCCUGGGGAAAGCAAAAGGACAGAUUCCAGUAAGAAUCCUGUAAAUGGCACUUGGCAAAGUGGUAUGAGCCAACAUGAAGCCUAUCAAGGGAAAAAUGCAGCUAGGACAGAUAAGAAAAUGGAUCCUCAUCAUACUAUGGGAGAAGAGAAACAGCAUGUCCAGAAUGGUGAAUCAAAGGAAGACAACAAAUUGGACAGAAAAUAUAAGUGUAGUGUGGGGGAUGAAUCAAAGAAAACAGAUGGUACAGAAGAGUAAAAAUGUAUUUAAAAAGACACUGCAAAUCUCUUUCAUCAUUUUAUCUGACCUUCAUUCCUGUUCUACUCCUGCAAAGACCAGAUUCUGGGAAAG